AUGCUUAUACCACUAUCUACAUCGGACCAUCAGAGGUUAUCGAUCCUUACACCACCAAGUGAAAGCACACGUCACAAGCUUGUAGAGUUGGUGACCAAUAAUCCGUCCAAGGAAUCCAUCUUUUUUGACAAAUUUGGCAUUUUGAGCAAGGAAGAGGCUCAUGAGAAUGCUAAAAGGAUUGAAGAGACGUGCUUUGCCUCUGCAGAUGAGCAUUUCAAGGAGCCUGGUGGUGAUAGGAGUUCUGUUGUCGAGCUGUAUUCGAAGGAAGUUGGCCACAUGAUAUUUGAAGUUCUGAAAAAGGUCCCGAGAACAACCGCAAAGCAUGAAUCACCUGAUUUUUUGCCUCCUGACACCGUGUUUGAUAUACCUCGUCGCAAGCGUGCUUUUAUUGAUGAGGCGGUCAAAGCUAAGGAACUUCUUAGUCCACUUACCAAACGGGGAAACUCGUAUAAAAGGGUUUGCUUCAGCAGCAACAGCUUUGGUAUUGGUGAUGCCAAUGCUGCUGGACCAAUUCGUCCGAAGAAACUUGACCUCAGGGACAACUUGUUUGGUGCUGAUGCAGGGAUAGCUCUUAGGGACGAAACCAUUGGAAAACUCCCUGAUGCCAUUAUGUAUUAUGACAGCGACCUUAAUCUUGAGAAUAAGGACGAUCACAAAGAUUUGAAGGCUGAGGAUGAGGAUGCAGACGACCACGACGGUUGGCUGGAGUUGAAGCGUCAGAACCUGAAGGUUGAGCAGACGACCACGACGGUUGCUCAAAUUCGCUUCUGA